AUGUCGAAUUUAUUGCCAGCACCAAAAGCUAUCAAACAGGCUAAACAGCCAGCCACGCCGCCUACUGCUCUGUCGCUGAAAGUGAAACUGCUUCUGGUGCUGAUGGGGCUUUUGCUGUACGUGUUCGUAGUAAUUUUUGUGAAGACCAUGUACAUGAAGGGCAAGAGGUUGGACCGCAUAGCUGUCAUGGCAAUGGAGACAGAGAAUCUGAUACAUCAGGUGCACAUUGUCGACCAGAACAUGGCUAUUAACAUGGACCGCCUUGAGGACGUCUACGGGGACUACUAA